UGAAAAUGACACCAUCUGGUACCUUUAUGCAGAUACGCGACCUUUACUUACAGAAGAGACAAAUAGGCCAACGCCUUAAACGUGAAGUGUUUAACUUUGCGUGUGAACUUGCACAGUGCCGCGCCGGAGAAACCUUCAUAGUUAUUGUCGAUGGCAUUGAGUGGGUUGCUACAGUUCCAAGGCGCAGCAAGCCAGACGAUCUCGUAUCAAUGAGAUUCUCGGCUGGCAAUCAGGUGGAGAGGACGCUAGUCGGAAUGCUUGGUAGUGGCGCCAAGGAGGAGAGCCUUAAGAGGUACAUCCGUGAAGGAUUGGCGAUGAAGACAAACGAGUACAAAGAGCGGAUCAGGGGCAUGAGCCAUGAUGCCGCUCUGGUGUUUGUCCGGGACCACAUAAGACACACCACACCAGCCCAAGGACAGAUUGGUCGCGAGGACAACAUGAUGUACCAUUGGCCCAUGCGGCCAUGGACUCGGCUGUAUGAUGAGGCAGCCAGCGCGGCUGACAGGACCAUGACAACGGGGAAUGAAGAAGCUUUGAAGGCUGGUGAGGAGGUGGUGACCUCCGGGGGAGCUGAGGGAGGUGAUGCUGCCAUGGUGGACCCGGUGAAGCACGGUGGCACUGGUGAUGCUGGCGAGUAUGGGGUGUCCGAGGAUGGCACAGAGGUCUCUGGUGCUGGCCAGAGCAAUGGGCUGGCCCCUUCAGAAGCAGGCGAACAGUCAGAGGAGCUGGUUCAUCUAGGCUUUGGUGUGUGCAACGAGACCAGGAAGCGAAAGCGGGCCCCAAACAUGACCCGGCUGGUGGCGGACGAUGAGGAGCAGCAACGGGAGAUAGACAGGGGACGCAAUGAUACAGAUGAUGCCGCUCCACGGUUUCCGUGCACGGUAAGACAGCAGGAGGAGGACGCCCGUGGCGGACGAGCUGCCAUGCCCAGCCCACGGUUUCCGUGCACGGUAAGACAGCAGGAGGAGGACGCCCGUGGCGGUGAGGCGGCUGCUGUGCCAUCCCCGUCGGCUGCAGGACGAGCUGCCAUGCCCAGCCCACGGUUUCCGUGCACGGAGGGGGGCGCCUCUGCUACUGUGCAGCUGCCACCGCCGGCGCCUGAGGAUGCCCGUGGCGGUGAGGCGGCUGCUCAAGCAGCAGACGAGAGGAGGAGACUGCUGCCCAAUGAUGAAGCACACCUUGAGCGAGAGAUCCGCCGCAUGGCUGGUGCGGUGGUGUCCUAUCGGGAGUCUCGCCAUCGGCGAAGGCCCACCAGGAACCGGGCCAUCCAGUCAUCAUCAGACUCGGACGUGGAAUCUGAGCCGGAACCAGAGGACAGCCAUGUACUCGAAACAGACCUUUUCACGCACACGAUAGACAUGGUCCCGGUGAUGCUUGACAAGGAGGGGUUUGCGGUAGUAGACGAUCCCCACCUCGCCUCUCUGAUCACUCCUGAUGUUCCCACAAGCGCCACUGAGCUCGUGUCAGGCGAUAAGGCAGCAGCAAUAUUUCAGCGUGGGGACCUUCCCUCGCGGCAGGGAGGGCUACCACGGCUUACCCACGAGGGCAGGCUCCGACUCAGCAAUGGAACCGGGAGGCGUAUGAUGGUCAAGCUGGACAAGGUGCAGCCGGGGCCUAGCCUGUCGAACAUAGCAUCCUACGUGGAGGGUGUUAUCCAAGACAUAGUGGAGCGGAUCCCUGGCUUGCACCUGGUCAAGCCUGGUGUGAUCCUUGGCAACAACCCUGGCGGCACAGCCCCCAUUCGUCGGCAGACGCUGCACGUGGACAUGCAGCCUGGCAGAGGGAUGUCGUUUGUUGCAAUCGUGCCAUUGGAGCAGGACAUCGAGCUGUGGGGUGGUGAUCUGGAAAAUGAGACAUACAGCCUGGCUUAUGUCCACAAGGAGCUCCGUCGGCUAUUCCACCUCUCCUGA